CCACCCCCAGAUCGCUUCCCAUUAAUAUCCCUGCAGACUGACCACCCUUGUGAAGCAGAACCACAGUCAUGCGCGCAGUGGCGACGGCGGCGCUGGUGGUGUGCCUGGCGUCGCAGGCGUGGUCCCAGGCGGCCUCCAGCAGGCAGCUCCCGCAGGAGAUUUACGAUGAAUUCCAGAGCUUCGUGCAUCAGAACGGUGGGCACCUCCCUCUGCGCAACCGAGGCCGAGAUUACCCGCUCUCCCUCAGGCCUCCGCCGCCCCCCGUGCUCCGUCGUCCACCUCCGCCUCUUCCUCCUCCUCCAAGCACCCGCUAUGUGCCUCCGGGGAAGCCUAGGCAUCGGCCGCCCUUGAGGGACCCGAAGAAGGCGCAGGCGGCGGCAGAGCAGGGCCAGCUACAAAAACAAGGGGCCGGCGGUUGCGAGACGACUGAAGGCUUCCACUUUGCAGGCGAGGUGUGGUACCCGACGGGAUGCCGGCGGCGGAAAUGUAUUCACUUUCGCGGCAAAUUCUUCACAGAGACCGACUCGUGUGAUUCGGAGAUCCACAACACAACCUACAAAUGCAUCGUGCAAGUAGACUUAACAGCCCAGUACCCAGCCUGCUGCCCCAAGUACCGCUGCAAUCCGGAUAACCUUGGAAAUAGCGUAAAAUAGAAAACGAAACGAUUCCAACACCACCAAGCAUUAAUUCAAGAUAGGACAGAUGAGUGAUUUUCGUCAUUAAUUUUGCUUGUAUGUUCAUCUUUGCUGAUCUGCUGAUGGCUACACUAUCAAUAGAUCCUGUAAAAGGUUCUCAUUUGAAAACUUGGUAUUCUUUUAUGCUAGCCUUGCAAUUGCAUAUUCCAUUUUCUUUCGUUUGGUUCUCGUUUUCUAUCGAAAGGCAACUGGUCUCGGUCCCUGCUUUACUUUCAAAUCCAUUUUUAUGCAUGCGAAGGAUAUUUAUUCAAAGAUUGUGCAAACACACUCCCUACGAGAAUAGUAAAAAUAUCUAUGACUGGACGAUAGCAAUAGUGCUUAUAUUUUUUUCUGGAAAAUGUGCAUUAUCUUAAAAUGGCGUUCUUUUAAUUCUGACAUUUUUUUUUUUUUUUUUUUUUUUUUUUUUUACUGUAUGGUUAAUUCAGUUUUCAUAGAUUUAACUCCAAAGGAACAACUCCGAUCAGUGAAUAAGAAAUUUAAUUAUGUGAUCUACGUCUUCAGUGUUUUCCAUCUUUGGGAACAAUGAUUUAUUUCUCACUCUUUUGAUUUCAUUUAAUUUCACGUUUUCUACUGAAUAUGAAGCUGCGGCUUUGCUGUUCAGUUUUGUUAACUGUUAUUUUUUUUUCUGCUGUUACUGAUGUAAUGUAAAAUUAUAUAAAAUACUGUGUAUGGAAAACAUAAAUAAAGUUUAUUUAUGAUACUA